AUGGGCCACAAUAGUACAGCGUAAUACCGAUCUCUGGAACUAGUGUUCAACCCAAAUAUACUAAGUGACUAAAAUAAUGGGCACAAGUUAUUCUCAAACCAGUCGACCGACCACAAGAGAAACACAGGAUUUCUGAGUUAUUCUAGUGGGGGCGGUUUCGCCUACUUAACCUUUGCAAAGCGCUCCCUGCACCAUCGGAAUAUAUAAGCACAGGCUUCAGUGAUGAUGUGAAAAUGUCCCGAUCUUCCGUUGGAGACUGGCCACUGAAAAUGGCUCCUCAUUUUAAUUUCAUUUUUCUCGUGUUGCUGUGUGUUUUUCUCCCAAAGGUUUCAAAUGAUGAAUCCAGGACUUUAAACUCAACCGGCGACGCGAGAGAACUGCUCAUCUCCUCCCGUCGAGAAGGCCUCCUCCGGAUGGUGCACGAGGCCUCCUCCUCCUCCUCCUCCGCCCCCCUCCUCCUCCCCUCCACACAGCGGUGCUAUUGCCUCCCCCGUCUCUGUACUGCAGAGAGAAAACACAAAAGGGCCCUAAAGCUUCUCCCUCUGCGCGCCGUGCUCAGGCCUCAGAGCGACCCCGAGGCCCUGCAGGUGUCACGGGCCGCCGAGGUGUUCCACGCCAGCCUGCAAGUCCUCCAGAACACAGCGAGGCGGAGAAGCAAGAGGGGCGUCACGGCAACGGGGCCGCUCUCCCGGGAGGACGUGGCGCCGAUAGCGGAGCUGUCCAAGUGUCCCCCCCCAACGCAUCCGGCCUCCUGCCUGCAGAGUCACGUCACCAAGUACCGCUCCAUAUCCGGCCUGUGCAACAACAGGCAAAAUCCUCUGUGGGGAGCCGCCAACACCCCGUUGGUCAGGUGGCUUCCAGCUGAAUACGAAGACGGAGAGAGAGAACCCAAGGGCUGGAACCGAGGCCGGCUCCACAACGGCUUCCAGCUCCCCCCGACGGGGGCUCCCACCUCCGGGGCCCCGGGCUGCAUGCCCUUCCAUCGCUCGGCGCCGGCCUGCCCCGCCCGCCCCGGUGCCGGCACGCCGCGGGUCCGGCAGCGGCAGCAGCUGAACGCCAUCACGUCGUUCAUCGACGCGUCGCUGGUGUACGGCCACACGCCGAGGCGGCAGGCCCUCCUCCGCGACCUCUCGGGCCUCGGGGGGAAACUCGCCGUCAGCGAGCGCUUCAGGGACCCCGAGGGGAGGGCCUACCCGCCGCCGGCGCCGGCCCCGGUGUCGGCGUCGGCGGCCUGCCGGCAGGGGCCGGGCGGCGACGCGGUGGAGUGCUUCAGCGCCGGGGACGGGCGGGCGAACGAGGGCCUGCCUCUGGCCUGCCUGCACACGCUGUGGCUGCGGGAGCACAACCGCAUCGCGGGGGAACUGAGGCGCGUCAACGCCCACUGGAGCCCGGAGACGCUCUACCAGGAGAGCCGCAGGAUCGUCGGCGCCCUGCAUCAGAUCAUAACCAUGAGAGAUUAUGUCCCGAAAAUCCUCGGCCGGGCGGCUUUCGAUCACCACGUCGGACCCUACCGGGGCUACGAUCCGACCGCAGACCCCUCCGCCUCCAAUGUGUUUGCCACCGCCGCGUUCAGGUUCGGCCACGCCACCAUCCCUCCCGUCCUCAGGAGGCUGAACGAGAGCUUCCAGACGCACCAGCGCUUCGGCGACCUGAGGCUGCACGAAACGUUCUUCAGUCCGUGGAGAAUAGUCAAAGAAGGUGGAAUCGAACCGAUCCUGAGAGGUGCCUUCGGAACCGCGGCAUCGGCCGGCAGCGCUAACAUGCUGCUGACGGAGGAGAUCACCGAGAGGCUGGUGGUGUUGGACGUGCCGCGGCCCAUGGACCUGGCCUCGCUGAACCUGCAGAGGGGACGAGACCACGCCCUGCCAGGCUACAACGACUGGAGAUCCUUCUGCGGACUGGAGCGCAUCGAGGAAAUGGAAGGAUUCAAGAAGGUUGUGGGGGACCACAGGGUGGCGGAGAAGAUGGCGCGAGUGUACAAGCAUCCCGACAACGUGGACGUGUGGCUCGGGGGGCUCGUCGAACACAUGACGCCGGGCUCGAGGACGGGGCCUCUCUUCGCCUGCCUGAUCGGGAAGCAGAUGAAAGCACUCCGUGACGGCGAUAGGUUCUGGUGGGAGGCCGAAGGCGUGUUCAGUCAGCUUCAGAGAGCCCAGCUCUUAAAAGGUUCUCUUUCUCGGAUUAUCUGCGAUAACAGCGGCAUCAGGGAGGUCCCUCCUGACCCUUUCAGGUUUGGGAAGUACCCCUAUGAUUACAUCUCUUGUGAUCAUAUACCCUCAAUUGAUUUGGAAGCUUGGAAGGAGGAAACAAACCAAGACAUGGAACAGUGUGGCAUUCCCAGAACGAUAAAGAAUGGGGAUUUUAUUCUGUCUCCUACAAAUGGCAAACUGGUCGCUCUGUACUCCUGUUACCAUGGUUUCAAGUUAAAGGGGGCCGCCGCAGUAGUUUGCCAGGGAAAUCAAUGGAGUGAUCAACCCCCACAAUGCACAGGGAAUCACCGCUGACUUGUGACAGCGCCGCUGUUACCCUCAGGGAGACGUCGCCUUGUUGCCUCUAUCUAUAUAGUUCUUGAUCUCGUUAACAAAAAUUGAGUUAUAUAAUGAAACUUCAUUAAAUUUAGAUGGUUUUAUUCAAUGACAGCUGAUACAUUUAGUAGUCUAUUACUGUUCAUUCAUCAUUUUAGGCUGCAAAUACUGUUUUGUCCAAUAAAAUAACCCAGCUCAUUCUGUAACUAGCACCCUUUUUCUGUCUAUUCUUCUUGCUUUUGCAGACAUCAUAUCACACCAACAUAUGUGUGUUUCUGCGUUCACCAUUUUUGGUCCUUCUUCAGUAGUAAAAGGAUCAUGUUGCGUCCAUAUUUUAUACAUAGUCAGAAUUUGAGGAUUUGG